AUGGCGGCGGCAGAGGCGUCGGCGUCAGAUGCCCCUCGCCCGUGGGAUUCUCACCCGGCCUACGCACGGUACUGGCGCCAUUACCGCCAGGCCGCGGCGUGGGUGCGGAGCCACCGGCGCGCGUACGGCAAGGCGCUGCAGGCCCGCCUCGGCCCCCCGGGGUACUGUGCUGCUGGGCUUCAGCCCCGGGGUGCUUACGCCGAGUACCCUCCCCGGGGUGCUUACGCCGAGUACCCUCCCCAGGGUGCUUACGCCGAGUACCCUCCCCAGGGUGCUUACGCCGAGUACCCUCCCCGGGGUGCUUACGCCGAGUACCCUCCCCAGGGUGCUUACGCCGAGUACCCUCCCCAGGGUGCUUACGCCGAGUACCCUCAGCUCCCUGACCAUCGAAUGGCCUCGCGGGACUCGCGCUGCAGCGGUGCACGUUGUUGCACGAGGGGCGGGCAGCUUCCCUGCAGCAGCACCAGGCCCCAGUGGGAAGAGCAGCAGGAGGAGGAGGAGGAGGAGGAGGAAGAGCAGGAGGAGGAGGAGGAGGAGGAGGAGGAGGUGGAAUGCGACCUGAGCAACAUGGAGAUCACCGAGGAGCUGCGCCAGUUCUUCGCCACGACGGAGAAGCACCGAGCGGAGCGGCGGCGGCAGCAGCAGCUGGACGCGGCCCGGCUGGACGACUACGUGGACGCCGGCCACGACCUCUACUACUCGCGCCGCUCGGCCGAGGCUCCGGCGCAGAGGCCUGGCGAACGGCGCCGGGCUGAGAUGGCGCUGCUGUACGGGGAGGCCGCCGCCAGGAUCCAGGCCAUGGAGGCCGCCGUGCAGCUCGGCUUCGACAAACACUGUGACAGGAGGCGGCCCAAGUACUGGCCGGUCAUCCCGCUCAGGUUCUGA